AUGCAGAUCCACUUCAGUAUUGAUAUCUGGUCCUCCCCGAAUCAUCGCAGCUUUCUCGCAAUUGUGGCUCACUUCGUUAACCUAGAAAAGCGGCAGCUGCAAAAGGCAUUACUAGCGUUACGAGAGCUCGAAGGUGCGCAUAGUGGGGAAGCUAUUGCAGAGGCUUUCCUCCAAGUCAUUGAUCUAUACGAGCUGCGCGGCAAGAUUGGAUACUUCACCCUCGAUAAUGCCUAUAAUAAUGAUACGAUGAUACGAGCUAUUGCCGAGGCUUGUAAAUUUGAUCCAGCCCACCGUCGUCUCCGUUGUAACGGUCAUAUCGUCAACCUAGCUAUCCAAGCGUUCUUAUUCGGCAAAAAUAAAGAUGCGUCUGACGAGGCCAUACGGCAGACGUCGCAGCUGUCUUGCAAGGAGCAAGAAGGAGAUGCUGGGAGAGCGGAAUCGGCAACUGCAUGGCGACAAUAUGGCGCGCUUGGAAUGCUUCACAAUCUUGUGGUAUGGAUUCGCUCAUCAACGCAACGGUAUCAAGCAUUCCUGCUAGUUGCUGGCCGCAUGAUCCCACAGGAUAAUUCAACGAGGUGGAACUCAUGGUAUCGAAUGGUCCAUGUAGCCAUCGCUCUCCGUAGCGAACUGAAUAGCUUUAUGGAUGAUUGCUAUUCAGCAAGUGAUAUUAAGCUUGAUUACCUUCACCCAGAACAUUGGCAAGAGCUGUAA